AUGGCGCGGAUAGUUUCGGGCGCUGAUAUUUACGGACCAGGUUCCUGGAUUGACUCUGAGGCACCGCCAGUGCCUGAUGAUGCACGUCGACUUCUCAAGGUGCUGGCGGAAGCGACGCCGGGAUUCACCAAAGAUCCUGCCGUUCUGGACACUGUAUCUUUCAUGGGUUCCCCUCACACAAUUGUCCCCGGCCCAUUAAAAUCGGCCGUGAUCGCUGGGGCUUUGCAUGCUAUGAGCGGCAUAGUUGCUAACGAGCUCCUGGAGCUCAGAGACGGCCAAAGCUCCAGCCGGACUGUGUCUAUCGAUACCGACCAUGCUGCAUUUUGGCUCGGAAGCGUGGGCAUGACCAAGCGAAACGGCCAGACUGUCCGGGAGAUCGCCAGGGAUGGUAAGUUAGCUGCCAUCUUCCCUAAAGAUCUCGAAGGAGACAUCUUCGGAACGCCACUAAAAUUGCGCGCUACGGCAAACUACGAGACCAAGGAUGAAGGCGUUUGGUUUCAGUUACAUGGGUCUCUAGGCGCAGAUCCGGUACUGCAGACCAUUGGCAUAGACCCAUCACAAGAGUGCAGCAGUAACGAUGAGGCCUAUCAAGUCAUUGCCGAGCAUGUUCGCAAGUUUGGAGCGCAUGAGCUGGAGAUGAUGUACUUCGUUCAAGGCCUUUGUGGAAGUAUCUGCUAUACUCCGGCUGGAUGGAAACAGACACGCAUGGCCAAGGACUUGUCUAAGCACCCCCUUAUCAACUACAAGCAGCAGACACAUACAGUCCCUACACCAGCCAUUCCGUUGCCAGUAUCUGCCGACAAAAGGCCCCUGGCCGGUAUCAAGGUCGUGGAGCUUGUCCGUAUUAUUGCAGGCCCCGUGAUGGGAACGACCUUGGCUGCUCUUGGAGCGGAUGUGAUCCGCGUGAACUGCGGCCGCCUCCCUGACUUCAAUUCACUUCAACUGACGCUGAAUGCUGGCGUCAGAACUGUGGACGUUGACCUGGCUAAAGAUGAUGAGGUAGAGCAACUACUCAGAUUGGUCACAGAUGCAGACGUCUUCAUCCAAGGCUACAGGCCAGGAGUGAUUGCCCAGAAGGGGCUGAGCCUUGAUAAUCUCCUAGAAAUAGCUGGCAAGAGAGGCAAGGGCAUCGUGUAUGUGGAGGAGAACUGUUACGGGCCAGAUGGACCUAUGGCCCAGCGACCUGGCUGGCAACAAAUUGCUGAUGCUGCUUGUGGGUGUUCUUAUGUUACCGGGCGAAGCCUGGGACAUAAAGACGGAACAUGUGUCCUACCCGCUCUGCCUGUGCCGGAUAUGCUCACAGGUUUGAUCGGAAGCAUCGGCACUAUGAUGGCCAUCAGAGAUCGUGCACGCCAAGGCGGCUCCUAUCACGUGUUUGCUUCCCUCAUGGCCGCGGCUGCUCUCCAUCUAAGUCCUGAGGUCGGAUUAUACUCACCAGAUAUGGUACAGGACUGUAACCAGAAGUUCGGUUGGAACGAAACUGGCCCUAACCUCUUUGUACUUGAGCUGUUGGACGUGGUACUUAAGGCAUGGGGUCAAGCGAUGCCGAAGUACUUCGGAGAAGACUCACCUUGUAUGUCUACCUUGAAAGGUGACUGGGGUGAACUUAAAGUGCUGAAGCCGGUUGUCCAGCUGAGUGACGUUAACGCGUCACCGCACUUCUCAUCCGCGCCAGAGCCUAACUGCUAUCGCGACAGUGCUGCGAUGACGUGGCGAUAG